AUGGGAUUAUGGACGUGGCCCUUCUCACAAAAGAAGGAGGAAAAGAGACCCAAGUUCGUCGAAUUAAGGUCGUCAAAAUGGUUUAUAAUGUUCGUCGUCGCCUUUGCUAUCGGGACAGACAUCUUCAUGUACGGUCUUAUCGUACCGGUCACGCCAACCGCAUUGAAAGAUAGAGUGGGAAUCCCAGAGGGGAAUAUCCAGAGCUGGACAUCGAUCCUUCUCGCCCUGUACUCGGCUGCUUUGCUGGCUUUUGCGCCUGUUGUCGGGCACAUCGCUGAUCGAGCCGAGUCCCGUCGGUGGCCUCUGCUGGUUGGUCUCAUUGCACUGGCAGCUGCGACAGCCCUUCUAUGUGUCGGCACUCAUAUUGCAUUAUGGAUUGUCGGUCGCUUGUUCCAAGGUGCUGCCGCUGCGGUGGUGUGGACGGCUGGCUUGGCACUGAUGGUAGACACGGUCGGAAAAGACGACCUCGGCCAAGCUAUCGGCUAUGUCUCCAUGGCUAUCAGUGUUGGAACGCUAGCUGGACCCCUUCUUGGUGGAGUUGUCUACGAGGAUGGUGGAUAUUAUGCUGUUUUCGGCCUUGCCUUCGCUUUCAUCGCCAUCGAUAUCAUCUUACGAUUGCUGUUGAUCGAGAGAAGACAUGCUAUCAAAUGGCUUGCGCCAGAGAUGACUCCGCUGUCUGCAAAUGGACAUCAAUCCACCGAAAAGAAGUCGGGUGAAACCUCAGAACGUCCCAACUUGCCGACACAUGGCUCUGAACCCCGUGAAUUGCAAACGCCUUCGCCCCCCUCACGGAGUGCGCUGGAGCGUGUCACCAUUUUAUUGAGCUCGCCCCGACUCAUUGUUUCUGUCUGGGGAUAUUUCAUCAUAUCAAUUGUCCUCACAUCAUUUGACAGUGUCCUUCCACUCUUCGUGCAAGGGACAUUCGGGUGGCAGCAAAGUGGACAGGGACUAAUCUUCAUCCCGCUCAUGGUGCCACACGUCUUAGACCCAGUGACGGGGUUCAUUAUCGACAAGUACCCAAAAUCCUGUCGUUACCUCGCCGCAGGGGCAUUUCUUGCUUCCGUUCCUGUGAUGGUGGUUCUGCGUUUUGUCACAGACAACUCGAUGCAACACAAGAUUCUCCUAUGUGCUCUUCUCGCUUGUGUUGGGCUGUGCUUUGCGGUGGCUAUGCCACCUCUCAUUACGGAGGUCUUCUUCGCUGUGAAGGAAAAGGAAGAUAAAACUCCUGAUAUCUUCGGUCGCGGUGGCGCCAUGGCUCUAGCUUUUGGGCUGUCGAAUAUGGGAUUUGCGGCUGGCAGUCUGAUCGGGCCAUUCUUUGCGGGCUUUAUCCGUCAGGAGGCUGGGUGGGGGGCGAUGGGAUGGGCAUUAGGGUUGAUAGCUGGCAUAUCAUCUAUCCCAAUACUGUUGUUCGUGGGUGGCUGGAUCUUGAGAAAGCCGGUCGACUCAGAGAAUGAAGUCCAAUUGAUAGGCAGCGCCCCUGUCUCAUGA